UUCGUUUAUAUAAAUCCCCUCUCCCUCUCUCUCUCUCUCUCUCUCUCUCUCUAUCUCUAUCUCUCUCUCUCUCUAUCUCUCUGUGUGUCUGUCUCGGGCCAAUCGCUUGCGACCAUAGUCAACGAGAUCGGAAAGCCCUAGCUCCGGCGAUCGUCGGAGGGUAUCGGCCACCGGAGGCGGACCAAGAGGCGGCGGAGAGGAUGGGGAAGAACGGGAGCGAGCGGCGGAGCUACUCGGCGUGCCACGCGGACUACCAGCUCCUCGAGGAGGUCGGCUAUGGCGCCAGCGCCACCGUGUUCAGGGCGAUCUACGUCCCCACCAACGAGAUCGUCGCCGUGAAGUGCCUGGAUCUUGAUCGCUGCAACAGUAACCUCGAUGAUAUACGAAGGGAAGCCCAGACAAUGAGCUUGAUAGACCACCCCAAUGUUGUAAGAGCUUACUGCUCAUUUGUUGUCGACCGCACCCUUUGGGUGGUUAUGCCAUUUAUGGCAGAGGGUUCGUGUCUGCACCUGAUGAAGACUUCUUAUCCUGAUGGAUUUGAAGAGCCUAUUAUUGGCUCUAUUCUGAAGGAGGCACUUAAGGCUUUGGAGUACCUUCACACACAUGGCCAUAUACACCGUGAUGUCAAGGCUGGAAACAUCCUUCUUGACAGUUCUGGUCGGGUGAAGCUUGGGGACUUUGGUGUUUCUGCUUGCAUGUUUGACAAAGGUGACAGGCAACGCUCCAGAAAUACAUUUGUUGGAACACCAUGCUGGAUGGCCCCUGAAGUUCUGCAGCCGGGGAAUGGAUACGAUUUCAAAGCUGAUAUCUGGUCAUUUGGAAUAACGGCACUUGAACUGGCGCAUGGCCAUGCUCCAUUUUCUAAAUAUCCUCCUAUGAAGGUUCUUCUUAUGACACUUCAGAAUGCACCUCCCGGACUUGAUUAUGAUCGUGAUAGAAGAUUUUCAAAGUCUUUUAAAGAAAUGGUUGCAAUGUGCUUGGCGAAAGAUCAAACAAAAAGGCCAACAGCAGAAAAGUUAUUGAAGCAUUCAUUUUUCAAACAUGCAAAACCUCCGGAACUGUCAUUGAAAAGUAUUUUAGCUGGCUUGCCACCACUUUGGGAGAGGGUCAAAGCGCUCCAGCUUAAAGAUGCUGCUCAACUAGCUUUGAAGAAAAUGCCAUCCGCAGAGCAAGAAGCAUUAUCACUGAGUGAGUAUAAACGGGGCGUUAGUGCAUGGAACUUUGAUAUUGAUGACUUAAAGGCCCAAGCAUCAAUGAUUCAGGAAGAUGAUGACCCUCCUGAAGCAAAGGAAGAUGAGGAAAUUGUCAGAGCGUUUGUUGUUGACAAGGAUCUAUCUUCUUUGAAAUGUAAUUCUGGGAAAUCCAUAUGUGCCAAUGAUAUUGCUUGUAGGGAAAUAGAAGAUUCAAAUGGGAAGUACCUGAGUAUAAAAGAUGAAACUUCAGAAACAAAACUUGACAAACCUGUCAGUUACGAAAGGGGUGAUGGAUGUGAGAACCGCAGAUAUGUAGAUGAUUUUGUGCCUUCUACGUCAAAGCAAGGCAUAGAGCUUAAUCAUUCCAAAGGCGAUGUUGGGAAGAAGCAAAAGACUUAUAGCAGUCCAUGUAUGCCCUCUAGUAAUAGCUCCUUGGCUGAUAGAGGACGACAUGUUGAAAGGUCUGAAGUGGAGACUCAACCAGUGGGUGAGAAAUAUAAACGUGAUGUCCGCAGAACCACAAAUUUUAGCGGCCCAUUGGUACUUCCAAACCGUGCUUCUGCAAACAGUUUAUCAGCACCAAUACGAUCUUCCGGAGGUUAUGGAGAUUCAUCAGAGGAUAAGUCUAAACCUAAUGUUGUACAAAUAAAAGGCCGAUUUUCAGUUACAUCUGAAAAUGUGGAUCUCGGAAAGGUUCAGGACAUUCCUCUAGGAACAAUAUUACGGAGGUCAUCCCAGGCAUCUCCUUUAAGGAAAUCAGCCAGUGUUGGUGAUUGGCUGACGGCCAAACCAGUGCCUGGUAAUCAACAUCCAAAGGAACUUAACAAUAGUUCAGUACCUUCAUCCAUCCUCAUGCCUCACCUUCAGAAUCUUUUCCAGCAGACUUCAUUUCAACAGGAUCUUAUCAUGAAUCUUUUGAAUAGCCUGCAACAGGUUGACGUAGUUGAUGCUUCUCAGGCUGGAAUGUCUUCGCAGGGUCGCAAUGCAGAUAAUGAUAUCUUGGUUGAAGCAGCAACAACUGAGCGGGAACGCUUGUUGCUCAUCAAAAUUUACGAAUUGGAAGCCAGCUAACUUACUAUCACUCACGAACAAGCUACUUGUAAACUGCAUAAACAAGCGCAUGGAAACAACCAUGGUUUGAUGUGUAUGAAAGUAUGACAGACGUUGGCUAUAUACAUUAGAAAGACAUUAUAGGUCUGUUUUAAGUCAAGAUUUAGUUUGCUACUUUCAUUACUUUCUAAAUAUUGUUAAAAUGUUCAGGAGUGCUUUAUAAGGUUGUUAAAUGGAGAUACAGUUUAGGAAAUUGGAUAUGGAUAUCAUGGAAAACUGUCAAGAGUGAUACAGAUUAUAAGCUAUGGAGCAAUUAAACUGAAGUUCGAGCAUUAGCCCUACAUUUCUUUUUACUCUUUCUGUGUGUCUCUCUAAUCACAUCUAAUCACAUCAUGUGGAAUUAAAACUAUUAGUGAAAAUGUUUGUGGAGAUCUCCUUAAAGCACCUGUUCGUUAGACUUGUUUGGUUAGAAAGUAACAAUUAGUUCAUCCCUAGGUGCCUUUGAUUAUCUAGAACGUAGGGAAAGUCAAAUGGAGAUUUUUUUUUUUUUUUUUUGGUAGUAAGCUGAGGCUGUUGAGCUUGUUUUACAAGUUUAUUUUAGUCCUGUUUUCACAAUCUCUUUCUUGCUUUUAUUAGUUGCCACUUGAUUGUCAUACUGGUGUGAAAUUCAUAUUUGCUGCUCACAAUUCUCGACACAAAUUGUAUGCUUGAAGUGAAUUUGAGGAUUACAUAUUCUCAUUACAGGAACGUUCUAUUGUUUUAUAUCUCAACCUUUAAUAGCCGCUACAGGGCUCACAAUUCUCGACACAAAUUGUAUGCUUGAAAUGAAUUUGAGGAUUACAUAUUCUCAUUACAGGAGUAUUCUGUUGUUUUAUAUCUCAAGCUUUAAUAGCCGCUAUAGGAUUUUGUAAUUCUAAAGACAUUGCUUUUUAGUUUGUCUACCCUUUAUC